UAUUUGCUAGACAUUUAAAAUCGGAUAGUUCCAGCAUACCUGUAGAUAAAAUGGAAAAGUGCAAUGAACUUUUAUUACUGGCAAAUUGGGUUAGUACAUGCAAGUGUCCCGAGCAUCAGGAUUUAUGUCAACCUCGAACACAAUUAAAAUCAAUAAAGCGCACAGAAAUUAUGCAGGGUUGUGACGGCUCCUGCGGACAUUCGUCAGUUGUAUUUGUUGCUGUCGAGGGGAAAGUUCAAUCAUGGAACUUCGUCGGAAAAUCGCAUUGCGAGUUUUGCCCAUCUUUUUGGUCGGCUUUCUUCUAACAGUGGGUGAAGCGUAUCUAAAGAGUGUCCGCGUGGAUGAGAUUCCCUUUGCCGGGAAAAAGGUUCUGGCCAAUCGUCGGUCCAGCGGGAUUCAUCUUAUCUCGAGUCUGGAACAUCAGCGCACAUUCUUGCACCUAUUUCAUGUGCCUUACAUAAUUUGUUUUUACGCCGCCAAAGGUAAAUGGCCAUAUGUGCCGGGAUUCAUGAAGAACCGUGUCGACAAUGCAGCUCGUAGUUUUUUUCAUCAAAAUGAUAGUUUCAUUAAACAGUUUUGCACCAAAUGGAUUCAGGUCAAAGAAUGUUUUCGUCCAUUAUUCGAUAAAUCAAACACUACUACCGAUGCUGAGGUUGAGACCCUGGAUGCCAAAAUUCAGGGGCAGGGACAACGUUGCAACUGCGACAAGCUGCUGCUCUCAACGGAAGCCCCCGUUCCAGUUGUUUACUUCGAUAAGAACUACAUUGGAAACGUAAGUUCAGAGACUAUUAUGAACACUAUCGAAUUUCUGGAGAGUUUUCUGCCACCACCAACUAAAAAACAUAGGCGCAAGAAUCGAGUACGUGGACGCCUGGACGAUAUUGAUAUUGAUUAGAAAGUACACCUUAUAAAGCACA